UGAAUACACGUGUGAGUUCACACGUUCUCACUUCAUGAUAUGGUCCAACACUUUGACCACGUCUUCCACCAUCUCACUUCCGCUACGAUUAAGGAGCACGUUCCACCAACUGCUCAACAUGGUGGCAAGAGGCAACGUGGUUUGAUGGAAGCCACUGUUAUAAAUUUUUUCAGAAAAUGGUCCCGAACUCACUCUGCUAUUAUCUUCAGAAAAAACACCAUCUAAAAAAGGAGAGAUCAGAGUUUGGAAAUCUGGGUUUUUGAAACCAACUACAAUGGCUGGAGUUUUACCUAGCAUAUCUGAUAUUCGUUGUGAGGUUCCCGAACUUAGAGGAGAUAACUUUAAGAUAUGGAAGGAGAGAAUUCUUCUUCAAUUAGGGUGCAUGGACAUAGAUUAUGCUAUAAGGAAAGAUGAACCGCAUAAGAUCACUGAUACCAGCACACCUGAACAAAUUUUAUUGUACGAACGCUGGGAGAAAUCUAAUCGCCUUAGCGUGAUGUACAUUAAGACAAAAAUCAGUGCUGGUAUACGUGGUUCAAUCGAGCAACAUGAGAAUGUCCGUGAAUUGUUAAAGGCUAUUGACGAGCAAUUCGUCACUUCAGAUAAAGCCUUGGCAAGCACCCUAAUUAUGAAGUUCACAUCCCUGAAGCUCACCGGUAUAAGAGGUGUGCGUGAACAUAUCAUGGAGAUGAGGGACAUUGUGGCUCAAUUGAAGAAACUCGAGGUAGAAAUGUCUGAAUCUUUCUUGGUGCACUUUAUCCUUAACACUCUUCCACUUCAGUAUGGACCUUUCAAAAUCUCUUACAACACACAUAAGGAUAAGUGGUCUAUCAAUGAAUUGAUGACCAUGUGUGUUCAAGAGGAAGGAAGGUUAUUGAUGGAACAGGGAGAAAGUGCCAUGCUGGUGACGCAAAGGAAAGGAAAGAAAGGAAAAUCUCAAGCUAGUCAGAAAGGAAAACAACAAAUUCCUCCCAAAUCUGACAUUAAGAAAGACGAAAAGUGUUUUUUCUGUAAAAAGAAAGGACACGUUAAGAAGAAAUGUCUGAAAUUUCAGAAUUGGCUUGAGAAGAAAGGGUAUGCAAAACCUAAGGAAGCCAGUGACAAGUGAGCAAUUCAUCUUAUCCGGAAACAAGAUGGGCUCGCAUGUGGAAGCAAUAGGGACAUGUUAUUUAACUUUAUA